AGACGAUUUCAUAUUGCGAACCAGCACGUCCAAAACGUCGGCAUCCGCUCAGGAUCGCCCAGCACAAGUCAUUCCACAAUUUGCCUCCGAGCGAGCGCUUCACGAUCAGCGAAAGAAUCUCCAACAUAAUACACACAGAAACCGCCAUGUCGGAGCUUAACGUCAACGCCGCCAACGUCCGUGUGUUGGGCCACGUCUCGGAUGCGUUCCGCCGUGUACUCACGCCCGAUGCGCUGCGUUUCCUCGCCUUCCUGCACGAGCAGUUUGAGCCACGUCGUCAGGCACUGCUAGCCGCGCGUGUGCAGCGGCAGAAGGAGCUGGAUGCUGGUGUGCUGCCGGACUUCCUGCCUGAAACUGCCUACAUCCGCGAAGGCGAUUGGAAGGUGGCAUCCAUCCCUGCCGACCUGGCCGAUCGCCGCGUCGAGAUCACGGGUCCCGUGGACCGUAAGAUGGUCAUCAACGCGCUCAACUCGGGCUCCAAGUGUUAUAUGGCCGACUUUGAGGACUCGACGGCUCCCACGUGGUUCAACCAGGUGGACGGCCAGGUCAACCUCAUCGAUGCCGUUCGCAAGACCAUCUCGUACACGCACCCGCAGACAGGAAAGAAGUACGCGCUCAACGACAAGAUGGCUACGCUACUGGUGCGUCCGCGCGGCUGGCAUCUGGACGAGGCUCAUGUGCUCGUGAACAACCAGAUCAUGUCUGGCUCGCUGUUCGACUUUGGUCUCUACUUCUUUCACAACGCACAUGAGCUGCUGGCGCGUGGCUCGGGCCCGUACUUCUACCUGCCCAAGCUGGAGCACCACUUGGAAGCCAAGCUGUGGAAUGACGUGUUUGUGGCUGCUCAAGGAUACCUUAGCAUCCCGCAGGGUUCCAUUCGCGCGACUGUGCUGGUGGAAACCAUCGUGGCUGUCUUCCAGAUGGACGAGAUCCUGUACGAGCUGCGUAACCACUCGUCGGGUCUCAACUGCGGUCGAUGGGACUACAUCUUCUCGUACAUUAAGAAGUUCCGCAACCACGCCAAGUUCGUGGUGCCCGAUCGCUCAUCGGUCGGCAUGACCACACCUUUCAUGGCUGCCUACGUUAAGCUGCUCGUUCGCACGUGCCACCGUCGUGGCGCUCACGCCAUGGGCGGCAUGGCGGCUCAGAUCCCCGUGAAGAACGAUCCGGAGCUCAACAACAAGUUCAUGGCCGCCGUCACAGAAGAUAAAUCGCGUGAAGUGGCUGCAGGCCACGACGGCACGUGGGUGGCACACCCUGGCCUCGUCAAGAUCGCCAUGGACGCGUUCAGCAAGAUGUCGGGUCCGAACCAGAUCUCGUUCAUUCCUGAGGCAGGCAAGGAUAUCACUGCGGCUCAGCUCAUCGAGCCUCCGACGGGUGCCAUCACAUACAAUGGUCUAGUGGAGAACAUUGACGUGUCACUCGUGUACACAGAGGCGUGGCUGCGUGGCAGUGGCUGCAUCCCGCUCCACAACAAGAUGGAGGACGCGGCUACGGCCGAAAUCUCCCGUGCCCAGGUGUGGCAGUGGAUCCAUCACAGUUGUAAGACUGUGGAGGGCAAGACUGUGACGAAGGAUCUGGUACUGGACAUUCUGAAGGAGUGCGUCAACAAGCGGUCUCUGGAUGCUGCUCCGGGCAACAAGUGGGCACUUGGAGGCGAGAUCAUGGGCAAGGUGUUGACGGGCGACGACAUGGUGGACUUCCUCACGCUGCCGUGCUACCCGCGUAUUGUGCAGCUCGGCUCGAGUAUCUGAAGCUAAGGUCCCAUCGCUGCAAAGAGCAUCCUGGCAUGCCAAGGACGAGCUGACUGGGUGAUGUGAUCCGAGCGGUAGGAAUGUUGGGCGGUGGGACUGCUUGGUGAUGUCAAGAUUGGGAGAUUAGUGACUAGCUGACUUAACUACUCUACUGUUGAAUCUAGGACGUCAGCGUCCAUGUGACGUGUUGUUAUGAUAUUUUAUGAAUGAAUGCACCACCAUUUCAAAAGCCA